UUUCUUUUUAAUCUUCCUCCUCACCUUCUCAAUUUUGUUGAGAGAAAUUUCGAUCGACAACGACUCUAAUUUUACCUCUGCCAAAAAUGGCGAUGACCAUUGAAGGCUUGCUGGACUUGCUUUUAUGUUUUCAUCUAGUAUCCUGUUACAAGUUCUGGCUUGUGCAUUAUACAACAACUGGUGGCCAAUGCUUUCAGCUCUUAUGUAUGUCCUGGUGCCAAUGCCUUGUUUAUUCUUUGGAGGUGGAUCGACUCAGUUUCUAACAAGCCGAGAUGGUGGGGGUUGGGUAGAUGCUGCCAAAUUUUUGACAGGGGCUUCUGCUGUCGGAAGCUUUGCAAUUCCCAUUAUUCUUAGGCAUGCUCAUAUGAUUUCAACUGGUGCAAUGUUCAUCGAAUUUACAUCAUUCAUCAUAUUCGUCUGCACCGUCUUGUGUUUUCACCGUGCUAGCCUGGAAGAUGACUGGUGAUCAAUGCCCUUCCUGAUAUUAUCACGGGAGAUCUAAUCCCUCUAUUUGGUAAAGAAAUGAAACGAAAACUCUUUCCUUUUUGUAAAAUCUUAACUGAUGUAAUACCUUUGACGCA